UAACGCACGACCAGAAGUUGAAGAAUUUUAAUAACGUGGCAAAAAUAUCAACCAGCUGUAGUCGACUUAUUGUUUCAUUUCAUCCCCAAUUGGUGUACAUACAUAAAUAUUUACUGGUAGUUGUAAGAUGUUUAAGCGAAAAUCUUAAAUUGUUUAAAUCAUAUCAAGUAUUCUAUAAAUUAAAUGUCCAAAUUUGAAUAGAAAAUAUGUUUCACAAAAAUGAACUAUUGAUAUAACUCCUCUAUGGUAUACUAUUAAAAAAAUUAUUACAAAAUGGAGAAAUGUAAAACGCCAACAGAACAAAAUUUGCUGGGAUUUGACAGUGAUGAAAAGGAUUACAUGGCUAGACGUCUUCUUUUCCAAUGUGUUCUAAUUCUUUUAUGUUUGGCCAGUUAUUCACACGCACUCAAUGGUAGUUUCGUUUUCGAUGACACCGUAGCUAUCGUAAAAAACGUUGAUGUGACAAAUGAUCCAACUAAUUGGACUGCAAUAUUUAAAAAUGAUUUUUGGGGCACCUCGCUACUCAGCCCAGAAUCGCACAAGUCUUACCGCCCAUUAACUACAUUGAUAUUUCAUUUGGAGUAUAGUAACUUUGGAUUCCGCGCCAAACAUAUGAAAGCUAUUAAUUUAUUAUUACAUUGUAUAAAUACUCUCCUGGUGUGGCAACUUUUCCGUAAGCUCCGAUUUGAAACAACACAUUAUAACCAAGUAGCCGCAGUAGCAGCAACAAUUUUCGCAAUGCAUCCGGUUCACACAGAAGCAGUUUGUGGAGUGGUUGGCCGAGCUGAACUGAUAUUCUGUACAUUAUAUUUAGUAGCUCUUUUGCUUACAUAUCAGAGAGCGUGUUUAGGUGCUUGUACCGAUGUAUUGAUUAUUUUACUGACUGCAAUUGGUAUAUUCUUUAAGGAGACAGCUAUAACUAUUCCAAGUGCAUGCAUAUUUCUUGAAUUAGCAAAGUCACAGGUUUUUAUUCACCCUUGGCAAGCACAAUUGAAAUUCAUAUGUUCAUUUCGUAAUGCUGUAUAUGCAAUUGCUACUGUUACAAUAAUAAUAUUUCGUUUGUGGCUACAAGAUUUUCAGAUCCCUCAUUUUAAACCAAUGGAUAAUCCUAUUGCACUUAGUGAUGAUCUUUUAACUCGCAUACUUUCUCAGAAUUAUUUAUACGCCAUUAACUGGUGGAUUUUUUUAUGUCCACAAUGGCUAAGUUUUGACUGGGCUUUGGGAUGCAUUAGAUUAAUUACAGACGUCUGGGACUUGCGAUUGCAGGCAGUUUUGGCUAUGUAUUCCCUGGCAAUGGUUGCCAUUAUCAAUAGCAGACAAAAUUUCGCACCCGUAUUUGGACUGGGACUAAUGGUGAUACCUUUUCUGCCGGCUUCAGGAGUUAUUAAAGUUGGGUUUGUUAUAGCUGAACGUGUGCUUUAUGUACCAUCUAUUGGCUUUUGUUUCUUAGUUGCACAAGCUUUAUCAUAUGUUUAUAAUAGCAAUCCGAAACCAUGGUUGCUACACAUAUAUAAGUGGACACUGAUGUUAUGUUUCAUCUGUCUACUGCUACGAACACGAGAACGAGCUAGACAGUGGUUAUCUGAAGAUAGCCUAUUUACUUCGGCAUUAAAGGUCUGCCCCAAUAACGCUAAGGUACAUUAUAAUAUAGCUCGUUUGGCGACGGAUAGGUUGGAUCGUGACAAAGCGCUCACACAUUACCAUAAGGCAAUCAGCCUCUACCCACAAUAUGAAUCAGCACUUAUGAAUUUGGGAAACUUAUAUCGUGAAAUGGGUGAGCUAGUCGAUGCCGAAAAAUACAUUAAAGAAGCUUUGGAAGUGGUACCGGAUUUCGCUACUGCUUGGAUGAAUUUGGGAAUUGUUCAGGCAGCACGGAAAGAUUAUAAAAAUGCAUUACUAAGUUAUAAAAAUGCAUUAAAAUAUCGGAAAAACUAUGCUAUAUGUCAUUACAACUUGGGCAAUCUUUAUCUUGAUCUGAAAAUGCAUAGUGAAGCGAUGCAGCAUUGGCAAGAGGCAGUCACUUUGAAUCCCCGUCAGCCCAAAGCGUGGGCUAACAUACUCACAAUGCUAGAUAACCGAGGGCUCUACGAAGAUGCUAUACGACUUUCAGCACAGGCGUUAAAGCAUCUUCCAAAUGAAACAAAUAUUAUGUUCAUACGGGCUAACGUUUUCGGAAAAUUAAAGCACUACGUGGAAGCUGAAGAGCUUUACAAGCAUAUUAUAGAGGUUGAACCAUUAAAUGUAUUAUUUCAUACGAAUUUAGGCGUUCUGUAUCAUCGUUGGGAGAAACUCAAUCAAGCCAUAGAGAGUUAUCAAAAUGCAUUGAAAUUAAAUACAGAAAAAGCGAUAACUGCUCGUGAAAAUCUUAGCAAGCUAUUAAAGAGAAAACGAAAAGAAAAAUUAGGUAAAAUCGUGUUGUAAACGUUAUUUUAGGUUCUUCAAUUGAAAUUAAAAUUCAUAUGGAGAUUAACAAGUGUAGUCUUAUUUCAUUAUUAAUAUAAAACAUUUAUAAUUCAAAAAUGGGCUAUGGACAACAGUCUGCUUGCUUCGGAAUCCAAUGCAUACUUAUAUAUAGAAUAUUAAGAAUAUGCAAGUGCAAUAUGUAAAUUCCAAAUCAAUUCUUAUUUUUAGAAAGGAAACGAUACAGAAAAAACUUCUCAACCGAACUUAGCGUGUAUGCUGCUAAAAAGUAUUGUACUUAAUAAUUAUGAUGAGAAUUUAAAAACGAGAAAAUGUGAUGUGUAUGUAUGUGCGUCAAUAUUCGUUUCUGAUUUAAACGUAGAUUCAUUAAUUAAGCAGUUGCACCUACGGUCUUUAAGUUAGUAAAAAAUCAAGAGGAACAAUUUAGGGGCUUAUUAGACCGAAUUAAAUACUUAAGUAAGCAUCUUAGAGUAUACUUAUAUAAACUAUUUAAAUAGGAAAACACUGGCACAAAUGUGCAAGAAAUUAUUUCUAAAUUUCUACAGUAUUUUUUUCUAAUUUGAGUUUUUGCUUUUGACGUACCAGCAAUAAACAUUCUACAAAUAUAAAGGUCCGUUCCGGUUACGUAGGUUUCCCUUUUUAUAUAAAUUAAAAUUAAUAUACAAAUUAAAAAGUGUUUUAUAAACACAUUGGUGCGAUGUAAAAUUUUAGAUAUGAAAACAAACCAACUAGUAUGCUAGUAAUUAGAUUAGUUAUUUAUUUAUUUAUCACUUAUAUAUAAGUAUAUAUGUAUGUAUGUACAUUAAUAAAUGUGUCAGUAUUUUUAAUCUAAUAAAUCAUAUUUGUUUUAUCCUUAAUUAACAAAUACAGCACCACAACGCAAAUAAAUACCCUAAAUGAAUUCAUAAUACAUACAAGAAAUAAAAACGCAUUUACUUUUGAAUUUAAUUUUUUCUUUCGGUAGUAUUUAAGUUAACUUGGAUAAUAAAUAAUAUUUUAUUUUAAAUUUAAUAUAUGUGAGAUUGGUUUAAUGAAUAUACAUUUCAAACAAGUGUUAUUUACAAAAAGUGUAGCGUUUCAAAGCUCAUAAAAAAUGGACAAAAAAAUAAAUACAAAACACAUGGAAUUAUAUUUUACGUUCAUCGAAACACACCAUAUACGUAAAUAAAAUGUAAUAAAUAUUUGAAUCAUAA